CAGUCACUCGCACACACCUCCUUCGCUCACCACCAUCGCAUACUCCCCAAAGACAAAUCUCAUCAGCAAUCACAACAACAGCAUCAGCUCCUAGACUGUACGCUACUCAAGACUACCAAAAACCACUCUCACUUCGGCUCACUAGACCGAAGAAUUACAGCAUCUUACGCUCCACUUGAUUGAACCCCUCAAAAGCUCCACCCCUAGCCUCUCACUUCUCCAAUAUGGCCACCACUCAAGCAAAUGGCCUCACCGCAAACAGUGGCGCUGUAGCUUCUUCCUCCACUUCCGCAGCCUCAACCUCGUCCACCAAGCCAGCCGUACAGCCCUCUGAGGUAGGAUGGCUCUUUGUACCCCAGUACUACACCUUCCUCAACCAGAACCCUGGAAGACUGCAUUGCUUCUACACCAAGAAGUCGACAUUGGUCCAUGGGGUGGAGCAGGAGGACGAGAAGCCUUACUUCGGACAGCAGGAAAUUCACGACAGGAUCACCUCCCUCGGCUUCCAAGAUUGCAAGGUCUACGUCUCCAAUGUCGACUCUCAGUCUUCGGCUUCUGGAGGCAUCAUCAUUCAGGUUCUGGGUGAAAUGUCCAACAAGGCUGGACCAUGGCGCAAAUUUGCACAGACUUUCUUCCUCGCCGAGCAGCCUCUCGGAUACUUUGUCUUGAACGACAUCUUCAGGUAUCUCAAGGACGACGAGGAGACUGAGGAGCAGGCCGAGGAGAUCGAUGAGGACCUCCGAAAGGACGAGGCUGAGGCCCGUGAGGAGAAUCGAGACGUUGUUGGAGCUCAGGUUGACAUCAGCGCCAUUGCCCAGCCUGGAGCCACCCCUCACGUCCAGCCGGUCAUCUCAUCAGGGUCCCAGGAGCAACCGUCGGUUGCAGCCAUUGCAGCUGCCCCUACAGACACAAGCGCCGCUGCCGCCGCAGAGCAACCCGCUGUUGAAGAGGCAGCUGCCACUGUACCAGAGCCUGAUGCUCAGCCCAUCGAAUCUGCCAGCGAUGCUGCUGCCGCCGCUGUUGAGCCAGAAGCCCCUGCCGUUCCUGAAGCCCAGCCCGAGGCCGCCCCUGCUCCUGCUGCCGCAAAGGAGCCAGAGCAGCCCGCUGCUCCCCCCAAGCCAAAGACUUGGGCCGGUCUUGCCGCUUCCAACGUCUCCGUCUGGGGUAGCAAUGUCCGCUCCGACGCUAAGGGCGUCAGCAGCAGCAAGCCUUCCACGCCCGCCGCCACUACCCCUACUCCUCGCUCUGCCGCUGCCGCCCCUGCUUCUCACCAGCCCCGAAGCAGCGGUGGCGCCAAUGGCUCGACUGUUGACCCAUCUUCGGUGUUCAUCAAGAAUGUUCAGGCAGAGCAUGUGACCGAAGCCGCCCUCCGCACUGCCCUGACCCAAGCCUUUGGCCCCGUCAAGAACGUUAGCAUCCUCGCCAAUCGUGGAAUCGCCUAUGCCGACUUUCACUCUGCCGAGUCUGGAAAGAAGGCCGUGGCACAGAAUGCCCUCAUCGUAGGCGACAAGGGAUGGAGGGUCAACAUUGAGGAGAAGAAGCCCAGGCCUGAUGCUAGGGGUGGACCUGGGGGAGCUGGUGGACAGAGGGGUAGCUUCCGAGGUGGUGCUUCGGGAGGUCGUGGAGGUGGUGCUGGAAGGGGUAGUGGAGCGGCUGGUCGUGGUGGAAAGAUGAUCGGGUAGGAGGUCUGCCAAGUCAAGGGGAGGGGGAAGACCGGGAGCAGCACCAAGAGGCGAUCAGAUACUGUCGAUGCGGGCACGACAGACUAGGUGGAUCUGAGGGGUGAGAGCGCAGCAGGUGGUACAUCUGUCCGGAUGUCGACGAGCAGCGAUGUGGUGCGAUGGCAGAGAACUCUGGCACUAGCAACACGACAUCUCCUUGUUCGGCUCUUUGCCAUUGCCAAUCCUUGAACUCUCUCUCUUCACAUUCUACCCGUUGUUACCCCUCAGCGAAUUUCAGCAUAACUCCUACUUUGCUCCCUGCCAAAAUUCAUAGCCCCGCAUCUCCUCCCCUG